ACUGUAGUACCUUGGAAAUAGUAUUUAUACGAAUAUAAUGACGCGGUGCCUUUAUCUCUGCUGUAAUAAGCGUGCCGGGGCUCUGGUAUGCCUGGCAUCACACCUGGAAUGAAGUGUAGGUUGCCGGACCGGUUCCGCUGGAUGCGCAAAGAUCCCCGGGCUGUGUGUCAUGCAGUCCGGGGAUCAACAGACUGCGUUAAAUCGAUACCAGCAUCCGCCCCCCAAUUUAAAGUGUCAGUAGACUGAUAGGCCUAAUGCGGGACACCUGUCGCUUUAAUUCCUCCAUCUUCCCCGAAGUGUAGACGACGCAGAUUGGAGCCAGCACCGAGGCCACAAGCCGAGUCUCAUUUCUGGAAAUCCCGUCCGGGACAGCCGAGGAGCCGGGAGCCGGAGGGACCGGGGAUCCAAGCACCGGGACGCUCGUCUGUCCCAAACGGGGAUCCGAGCGCCGGGACGUCGGUCCGUCCAAAGCGGGACCUGAAAGCCGGGCGGCUCUGUCGCAAAUUUGCGGCAGACACCCCCCCACCAUGGAUCCUGACUCCAGAACAGCGGCAUCUCCCGCAGAGCUCAGGGAGGAGGUGAUGGGAGGAGCUGCGGAGGGGGACGUGACAGAGAAGGUGGAGGAGGAGAAGGAGGAGGCGGCAGAGGGAGAGGUGGAGGCGCAGGCAAAGGCGGAACAGGAGGCUUUAACUGCUCAGCGGCAGUUGCUCACGGUGAAGGAGCUGAUUCAGACGGAGAGGAGUUACCUGAGGAGCCUUGAGCUGUGCACCGGAACCAUCAGGAGGAACCUGCAUUUGAUCCAGCCCCCGUUGGAUAACCUGGACAGCAUGUUCCUGCACAUUGAUGGGGUCAUCGACAUGUCGCGCUGCCUGCUGAGCCUUCUGGAGCAGACUGAGGUGUCGGACCCGGACUUCCUCAGAGUCCUGUGUGAGGCUUUUUUGAGCUUGAGGUCCGACAUGGAGAAAGCAUACAAAGAGUAUCUCGCCAACUACAACAUCAUCACCUCUCUGGAGAACAGCUACAAGCAGAAAGAGGCCUUGUGGCCUGAGAUCGUGAUGGUGAUCAAGUCCUCGGCGCCGGAGGUCAACGCCUCCUCCUUGACCUUCUUCCUGGUCAUGCCGGUUCAGAGGAUUGCCCGCUACCCCCUGCUCCUGCAGACCAUCCAGAAGCACACGGACCCCACGCACCCGGCCUACCCUGCUUUGGAACACGCCUUCCACAUUGCUGUGGAGAUGAACUGCAACAUAAACGAGUACAAGCGCUUCCGGGAAGUCGACAAAUAUAAGAAAACUGAGACGCUGACAAUAAUAGACAAGAUGAAUCGGCUGACUGGACACAGCAUUGCCAAGAAGACGGCCAGGCUGAGCCAGUACAUCAAGGUUGAGGCUGGAAUUGUCCCCAAGCUGAAGGAUGAAGAAUUCGAUGUCCUACAGGGAUUUUUCUGUGUCCUGGAAAGGGGGGUCGUGAACCUUCAUGAGAAUGUGAUAGCCUUCCUUACUUGUAUGCAGCUUUAUCUCCAAUGCAGACCAGAGGAGCAUGACCUGGACAUAGUGGGGGACAAGGCUGCUGUCUGCUAUAAGGAAAUCAGUACGGCCCUCCGGGAGUGGAUCUACCCCACCUUCGAGCACCGGGUCCAGACGCUGGUCUGCAAACCCCUGUGCUCCCUGCGGGAGCUGCUGCAGGGGCCCCGCAACCUGAUCCGCAAGCGGAUGGACAAGCUGCUGGACUUCGAGGCCCUGGGUGAGAAGAGCAACCUGAGCUACGAGGAGCAGGAGGUGGCGACGGCGUACCGCACCAUCAACGCGCUGCUGCUGGCCGAGCUGCCCAGCUUCAACGCCACCGCCCUGCAGCUCCUCUGGGGGGCGCUGGGCACAUUCAGCUGCCUGCACCGCGACCUGGCAGCUGACGUGGAGCAGCUGUUUGCGAGCUACACUAAUGAGCUCCCACACAGCCAGCUCAAGCCCAGUGCAUUCUGGGAGUGGGCAGAGGGCUGCAUCUGUGAACAGGCGGAAAGACUGGACGGCCUGAUUCAGAGUAUACAGGACGACCUGAAAGGCCCCAUUGUGCAGCCUCUCAGCCCCACCUCCCAAAGGCGCCUGAAGAUCCUGACAGACAAGUUUGGCCCGAGCAAGAUCUACCAGUUGACGGGUCAUGUGACUGGUGGCCGUGAGCUGGACCUGACGCUGCAGCGGGGAGAGCUGGUGGCACUUAUGACCGAGAUGGACACCCGCGGAGACCGGCGCCGCUGGCUGGUGGACGCAGGGGGGCCCAGAGGCUAUGUGCCGUCGGCCAUGUUGGUGCAUUAUCACCAGGUCAGCAAGGACUCACCCCUGUCGCCACACAUCGCCACCGUCAUCAGCCGGACAGAAGGCAGAAGGCACUCCUACACCCCGCUGGCCCAGCCGGCCAGGACUGUGACCACACCCUACUUCCAGGUAGUUGCGGGCUAUGACUUCACGGCACGCAGUCGGCAUGAGGUCACCCUGCAGGCCGGUGAGCCCGUGCGGCUCCUGGAAUCCCACGACAAGCGGGGCAACCCCGAGUGGAGCUUGGUGGAGGUCCGUGGCCAGCGCGGCUACGUGCCCUCCAGUUACCUGACUAUGGUGCCCUCUUCAGCGCUCCAGCCCUCCCCCCCUUACUGUUAGAACCUGGUAUUCUUACCCCCAAGAUCCCAGGAAUCUGCUUUCCCAUUGGAGAUAUCGCCAGGACUGCCAGUGAUGUUGCCACCUGUUUGCCCUGCCCCUGCUUCUGGCCCUGCCUCCUCUUAAAGUGACCAUGUGCUAGAGGGCAGCUUAAGCACGAUGAUAUAUCGAUGCUCCCUGGAUUGAUGGGGCUGGUGGAGCCCCCUGCUGUCUGCAUGACUCACGUGGUGUUUACAGGCUGGCUGAGUGACUCAUUCGGGCUCAGCAUGUUGGCUUGUGUGUAGUGCUGGUCCAAGAGCUCAGGAAACUGGUGCUGUUCGCCAUAUAAGGUUAAGGUUAGUCCUAAGUGUCCUCUCAUGGGAUAUUUAUACAGUAUGUGCCUAGGACCUGCUUUCCCUAAAGAGACUCAUGGAUUUUGGGGAGGAGUCAUAGCCAAGCUGAUAGAAUCCUGAAUUAGACUGUGAGCAACCAUGUUAUGAUAUUGAUAAAAUGAUUUGUGUUGUUCUGAUGAGAAGGUUGCAAGUUCCAUGCUCUGCUGAAUGUUCUUUUAAAAUGUUCAGCUGCAGACAGAAGAAGAAAAGCAUCACUUAACAUAAUUUUACUGUGCCAAUUCUUGUGCAUUCUCUGAGCUGUCCACUAGAGGGCAGAAAAUGCUCUUUCCUGUGGCUUGUAUUCAUUACCAGUCAGUAUUGAUUGUACGGCUCCUGUGGGGCUGCACUCAGCAGUGAUAUUAUUCAUCCGAUGAUUCAUGUGGGACGGGAAGGUUCCCGCGUGGCACAGCCGCUGCUCACUUGCACACGCUGCUCUAAAGCAUCUUUUUAAUUUAUUAUGCUCAUAUUUAUUUAUGCUAUUUAUUUCACAAAGCGAGGAUGGUUUAGUCCAGGGGGUCUGUGUGUAGGGGGGGCUUCCUGCUGAAUAGUAGAGAUCCCCUUUACUACUGAACAGACUGCGAUUGUGUUUUACACUGACUGUACCAUCACCUGUGCUGCUAAAUCAGCCAUGGGAUUGUGCAUCUUGAUUGUCCAGGAGAGAUUUUUUUUGGCAGGCAGAAGCAUAACAACCUUAAGCAGGCCUCUCUUGCUGCAGUUUAUAACCAUUAAUUUUAAUUUUAUUACCACAGGGACUGUCAUGGUUGGUUCUGAGCAUGUUCGGCCUGUGCCUGCAUUAAAUCGUACGCUUGCAGCUCAGAGAGGUUCUGGCAUCUCCUGACUACUGUUCUCCUAGCGUGACACGCCACGCACGUCUAUAAAUAACUGUCUCUGGUCAAUGGGCUAAAAAUAGCUCAGGAAUGAAGCAAGAGGUUUGGUGCUGCUGCCCCCUGCUGGAGGCUCCAGAAACUGCAGUAUAAUUCCCCAGUACUGGAUCAGUCUGGCUGCCACCAGAGAUGACAGAGAACCGCCAUUGUUCUGGGCCAUGAUUUAAGAACGAGAACCUGUUGGACGGCAUUGGUAAGUCUGCAGUCUUUUGAAGCUGUUAAUUGUUGGGACAGAGCCGGUCGUCUAUUAGGCAAUGCAAUGACACAGAGCACAGGUGCUUAGCAGGCUGUCGUUAGCGCUGAGAGCGUAGGCCCUGCUCCCAGAUAUCCGCGCGCCUCAUUUCCUGUUUGUAUGUGAUGCCCGAAGCUCCCUGCCGCUUCACACGGGGACCAGCCGGGCCCUCCUGCCAAACAUGCCCGCUGUUCAGUAACCUGACACUAGCCCAUUCAUAUUUAAUGUAAAGGAGAUGUUCCUGAAACUGGAAUGAAACCCAGGAAGGUCCCUGGAGGUGGCUUUCCUUUCUACGGGAGCCCAUCAGGACGGAUGCGUGACCCACCUGGGGGGGGUCUAUGGCCCUAUCUCCUCCUGGGGCAGGUUUUCUGUUCCUUCCUCAGUGUGCUCAGCUGAAAAUCCACAUUCAUGCCCCCUUCAGUGAUCUGGCUCCUUGAUGAAGACCACCCAACAUCUACAAACUCUUUUGGGGGGACACAGAGAGAGGUGUGAUCUUCAGACCACCAGGGAGGCAUGUGUGGUGGUUUUAUCUUAGACCUGUACCUUUUGACCCGGGGCUCCUUCAUCCAUAACUUGAACCAUGCCCUGGUAGCCAAUCAUGUGCCUGGUGGGCACCGUGUCAUGUUUCCCAACAGUUCCCAUUCGCCAGGAAGUGACUGUGGCCAGGCUGUGUCCCAUUAUGCUUUGCUGUGAGUGGUUCUAUGUGUGGACGUAUCUGUGAAGAGGAAUGCACUGGAGUGGUACAUACUGCUGGCCAGGCCCUGUUUGCCGGUAGUAGUUGAAUUGUGGUCCAUAAUUAAAGUGUUUGAAACUGCG